CAAAGAAAGUAAUGGCCAUCUAUUUGGGUCCUGGAGAAGGAGGGAUAUUAUUGCUCGUCGGACAACCGUAGGUGUGAUAGAGUGUUCCUCCAUGUUGCCCUCCCCCCCCCGCUGCUGACAGACGGGCUCGGUCGGACUAGCCCUCGGUUCCCUCGGUUCCUCAGGGCGGCGAGUGGAGCUGCUUGAACUUGGGGCCGCGUUCUAGGGUUCGAGCCGCCGCCACGCUAACGUUAGCUACCACCAGCCUGCUGCUGCUGCUGCUGCUGCUAGGGCGGACGACUCCGACGCUUCCUCCGCCACCAGUCACAUUGCUUGAGGUUUUUUUUCUGUCGGGUACAACAGCGUCUUCUCACUGGCCCCACGAAGAAGAAGAAGAAGAAACUGAGGUCCCAGAGCUGGCCCCAUGGACAACAACAUGGAGCGGACACACUUUAUCAGCGAAUGAAGAAGACGACGACGGCGCACGACGACUCCAGAGGAUUUACACACAACUCGGUGUCGAUGGGGAAAAGUUGAGCUGAGGAUCAACAACUCGGGCUGAAGUGAUCAGAGGUUUUCCAGGCUCACCUAGUGUACGAGGGCAUGCGAGAACCGCAGUGAUGGAAACCACGGUUGUGAGUACAUCCUCUCUGGCCACUGAGGAGUUUGACAGGAACAUGCCUCGUAUCUGCGGCGUGUGCGGGGACAAAGCCAGCGGCUUCCACUUUAACGCCAUGACCUGUGAGGGAUGCAAAGGUUUUUUCAGGCGCAGUAUGAAGCGCAAGGCCUCAUUCACGUGUCCAUUCAACGGCAGUUGCACCAUCACCAAGGACAACAGGCGCCACUGCCAGGCAUGCCGGCUCAAGCGCUGUGUGGACAUUGGCAUGAUGAAAGAAUUUAUUCUGACAGAUGAGGAAGUGCAGAGGAAGAAGGACCUUAUUCAGCGAAGGAAGGACGAGGAGGCCCAGCGCGAGGCGGAGAAGGAGGCCCGGCGGCCCCGGCUCACUGAUGAGCAAAGUCAGGUCAUCGCCACGCUGGUGGAGGCGCACCACAAAACAUAUGACGACUCCUACUCUGACUUCUGCCGCUUCAGGCCUCCUGUGCGUGAGGGUCCAGUGACGCGUAGCGCCAGCAGAGCCGCGUCCCUCCACUCUCUCUCUGAUGCCUCCUCUGACUCCUUCAGUCACUCCCCAGAGUCAGUAGACACCAAAGUGAACUUAAACAACCUGCUCAUGAUGUACCAGGAGCAGGGCAGCAGCCCUGACUCCAGCGAGGAGGAAGGCUCCAGCUUCUCCAUGCUGCCUCACCUGGCUGACCUGGUCUCCUACAGCAUCCAAAAGGUCAUAGGAUUUGCCAAGAUGAUCCCUGGGUUCAGGGAGUUGACUGCAGAAGACCAGAUUGCCCUGCUCAAGUCCAGCGCCAUCGAGGUGAUCAUGCUGCGCUCAAAUCAGAGUUUCAACCUGGAAGACAUGUCAUGGAGCUGCGGUGCCCCUGACUUUAAAUACCAGAUCAGUGAUGUCACCAAAGCGGGCCACACUGAGGAGCUGCUGGAGCCUCUGGUGAAGUUCCAGGUGGGCCUGAAGAAGCUCGGCCUGCAGGAGGAGGAACAUGUGAUGCUGAUGGCCAUCUGCUUGCUUUCUCCAGACCGCCCAGGUGUGCAGGAUCAUGCACGGAUCGAAGCCCUCCAGGACAGCCUGUCUGAGACCCUGCAGGCCUACAUCCAGCUUCACCACCCGGCCGGGCAGCUGCUCUACGCCAAGAUGAUCCAGAAGCUGGCCGACCUGCGCAGCCUCAACGAGGAGCACUCCAAGCAGUACCGCUCGCUCUCCUUCCGGCCGGAGCACAGCAUGCAGCUCACCCCGCUGGUGCUGGAAGUGUUCGGCAGCGAAGUCUCCUAGAUGCCCGCCUCGAUCAAACCUCCGAGGGGAAGCUGGAGACGAGACCCCUGGGGGUAAAAAUGGAGGGAGGGAGCUGAGAAUGUGCUGAGUGGACUUAAUGGAGGUGUGGAGGGGGAGUGUGAGUGUGAGCGUAUGUGUGUGCAUGUGGGGUGUGUGGUUUCAUGUGUGUGUGUCAUGUCUAAAGAAGUCUCUCUUGGUGUAAAGGCCAAGGUUGUGUGGAGAGCGAGCAGGUGUUAAGAGACUCAGUAAACAAGGGACCUUCAUAUAAUACAAAUGAACCUAUACAUACAACUUCUGCCUAUAUACAGUAUUUGUUUCUGUAUAUAAAAAUCAACAAACAGCUGCUUCAAAAACCAGGACAUUUAGAGUGCACAAGCCGUGCACACACCAAUACAACAUACAUACACUCAGUUAUUCAUCUAGCCAUUCAGUUGAGCUACCUCUUGGUUUUACUGGGGUUGUUUUAUAUUUACAUCACCUCUGUGAAACAGUAACUUUUACAUGGAUCAAUUUAGAUACAGUACAGAUGACAUUUCAGUUUAUCAGUGCAAAAGCAGUGCCUGCACAUUACUUUGACAUUUUUGGAUGUUUUCAAAAGAAAAAAAGUAUACAUGUAUAAAUAUAUAUAUAUAUCUGUAUUUUGUUUUUCAUUUGCUUCUCUCAAAAGGCAGCAUAUGUAAAUGACUCUGUAUACAAAUCAAACACUUGCCUUUCACCUUUUCACCAAAGGGUAUGGUCAACUACUUUCUCAAAAAAAGCUUCCAGUACCUAAAACAAACAAAAAAAGUGUCGCACCGCGCGUCCUUUCCCACGUGCAGCCUCUCGACGUGGGAGCGAGUUGUCUGACUAGCCUCACAGCCUAUGAAGGAAAAUGUCAUAACACAGGUUUAUACCGCCGUCAGAGCGUAGUCGGUAAUUUUAGUCAGGUUUUGAUAGGAAUUUGGGGUGCCAGGUUUUGAGGUGAGAAUUAGCCACUAAGUGUGUUAGUUACUUUUUUCACUGCUAACUGUCAAUCAAGCUAAGCCUGCAUAAUGGCUUGUUUCUCUCUUUUGAAACUGAUUUUCAUUCUUCUUCUCUCCUGUUGGCUCAAAUUGUGUGUUUCCCUGUAUAUAGUUAAUUGCUGCCACAUGUAUCCUAAGCACUGUUAUACCACCUUUUACUCAAGCCUAUGUAUUGAUAUACAGCAUCUAUAUUAUCACAGAUUUUUAAAGGGCUAAAAUGCCAAAUCUAACUGGAAUAGUAAACGGAGGCCAAAGCAGGGGAGGGGGCGGGGGGGCCUGU